AAGGAGUUGAACAUGAAGAAUGUGCAGUCUAUGGCUAUAGGACAGAAGGACUCGCAUAAAAGUUUAUUCUCUGUAUGGUACGAGGUGCUGACAUUACCUAGACCUAAAAGGCAGAAGUUUGUUAAUGUCCAGGAAACCAGUGUAAAAGAUCUUGUACUUAAUACUUCACCAUCAGCAAGAUUUAACAAUGUUCUGGCUGUGGUACAGGGGGCUGGAGAAUAUGACAAACUAACACAGGGACUCUUUGAAAAUUAUCUCGACUGUAAAUUCAAGGAUCCUUACAUGGAUGGUGUAUCCAUGGCAACAGAUUGGCUGUGUUAUAAUGACCUUAUUACCCAGUAUAUACAACAUGUACAAGAUUAUAGGCUGAUGCCCUAUCUACCAUAUCUAUCUGUUGUCUACCAUUUUCUUUUUGCAUCAAAUACAGUGCCUAAGAUACAAUACCCUCACAGUAUGGUAGAUUGUAAUCAAAAGAAAACAAAAUGUGAAAAUCUUGUGUCAUGUAUGAUGACGGACAUCUCGCCAUGUGUCAGAAAAUUCAUCAAUGUCACAAUCAUAGUCAACGAGAUACUUCCACCAUUAAUGGAGAUCUCUCAGCCCACAUUCAGACCAGUUAAUACGCAGUUGUACAGUGCUAAAGAGAAGGAAGAUCUCAGUCAACUUGUAAGGACAAUGAUCUCAUACAACCUGACCUAUCAUCAGGAAAAAUCUCCAGAAGGACAGUAUACAUAUGCACUAGAACCUCAUGUGGAUGAAGUGGUAAAGUUUCCAGGGUUGAAACAAACCAGACAGUUAUCGUAUGCUUCCAAACAGCUUGUAGCGAGAGAGAUCGAGUUGGAGAAAAUGAGGAGGAGUGAACUAGCUCGAGCUCCAACAAAAGAUCAAGAACCAGGAAGUAAAACACCUUCGAAGGGUAAAGAAGUUGAAACAAAGACACCAGCAAUACCUAACCAUCUACAGAGAUUGACAGCUAAACCUCUCGGCAAACAGGAGGAAGCUCAAGUGAAGGAUUUCUUUGGUCGCAUUUUGAAGAAAACCACGCCAGAAACUAAAUCUAAAAAGUCAGAGACAGGAAUCAAGACAGAUGUGCUGGCCACAGAUAUCUGGUUCCAUUUUCAACAAGGUUAUUCUAAUGCUGUACGCAGAAAUGUAAAAGUGAAAGAGUUCUUUUGAACAGUUUAUUCACGUAAGCUUGGAACUAAACAAAACUAGAAAGUAUUGCAUUGCGUGAUAAACUUGUAUACAUGGAAAAUGUUAUGGAGGUUCUUAACAAUAUAGUGAUAUUAUUUGAGAAUAUUGUGUAAAAGUUGCAGUCACUACCUUGUUUAAAUUACACUGACUUGUGUGAAAUACCACCUGUGAAUAUAUAAAAUGUGAUCUGGCUAAAAAGAUCUUUAGUUUUUAGCUCAAGUGUAUGGAUUUGUGUAAAAAUAAAUGGAAAUGGAGAUAUUAAAAAAAGAAAGAGAGAGAAAAUACUUACGUGUAUGGAUAAAAAACCUGAUUUCUGUUCAAUAUAUUUUAAUGAAAAUGUAAGAUAAGGUAUUUAUAAAUGGGGGAUAUUUUGAUCAAACAAACUUUCGUUUAUUUAAUGACUCGAGGGCCGAAUGCGAAACUGUUAUAACUUUAUAUUGAUAAAAAAACAAGAUACAAUAAUUUCGUGCCCAGCCCUCUGUGUUUUUAUGGUUUUAAGCACGAGUGAAGAAUAUUUGAUAUUUUACCAGAUAUAUUUCUGGCACUGCUAUAUUUCAACAAUUCACUGGAAAAAAACAACAUGUAAUCAGAUCAGAAUUUCUCCAUUAAUGUCCAUGAUGGUGGAAUUAAUUGAAGACUAUAAAUAUAAUGUGCAUAAGUGAAAUAUAUAUUCUUUAUUGUAUUUAUUCUUUGAUUGUUUGGGAUAGAUGAAAUAAAUUAAAGUACUUUUGGCA